GGCAAGACGUUCUACGACGUCCUCGGCGUCGGCCGCGACGUCACGGCCGCGCAGCUCAAGAAGCGGUACCGCCAGCUCGCGCUCAAGCUCCACCCGGACAAGAACCGGGACCCGAACGCCGAGGAGCAGUUCCGCGAGCUCCACGCGGCCUACGAGGUCAUCAACGACCCGAAGCAGAAGGAGCUCUACGAC